UGUUUUUUUCAGAUUUGAAACAAACCUGUAUUCAUGAAGAGUGACUGCAUACAAACCACAAUAUGCCAAGAAAGAAAAAAAGAUCCAUUAGAAAUGUUUCAUUCUGGGCAGCUGAUAAAAGUCUGUGCCCCAAUGGUUCGAUAUUCUAAGUUGGCUUUUAGAACACUAGUAAGAAAAUACGGUUGUGAUCUGUGUUAUACACCAAUGAUAGUUGCUACUGAUUUUGUCAGAUCUAUAAAAGCCAGAGACAGUGAAUUUACCACAAACCAAGGUGAUUGCCCAUUGAUUGUUCAGUUUGCUGCUAAUGAUGCAAGACUUUUAUCUGAUGCUGCUCGUACAGUCUGUCCUUAUGCGAACGGAAUAGACAUUAACUGUGGUUGCCCUCAGAGGUGGGCGAUGGCAGAAGGUUAUGGGGCUUGUUUAAUAAACAAGCCAGAGCUUGUUCAAGAUAUGGUGAAACAAGUAAGAAAUCAAGUGGAAAACCCUCGAUUUUCAGUUUCUAUUAAAAUAAGGAUCCAUGAUGACCUUACAAGAACUGUAGAUCUUUGUCGAAAGGCUGAAGCAACAGGAGUUUCCUGGAUUACAGUCCAUGGAAGGACUGUUGAAGAAAGACAUCAGCCAGUCCACUAUGAUGCCAUUAAAAUAAUUAAGGAAAAUGUGUCUAUACCUGUAAUUGCUAAUGGAGACAUCAGAAGCUUAAAAGAAGCAGAAAAUGUGUGGCGGAUUACCGGGACUGAUGGUGUGAUGGUUGCGAGAGGACUGUUAGCAAACCCGGCCACGUUUGCUGGAUAUGAGGAAACCCCACUGAAAUGCAUCUGGGACUGGGUUGACAUUGCUCUUGAACUUGGAACUCCUUAUAUGUGUUUUCAUCAACAUUUAAUGUACAUGAUGGAAAAGAUAACUUCAAAGCAGGAAAAAAGAAUAUUUAAUGCUCUGUCAAGCACAUCAGCAAUCUUAGAUUACCUUACAGACCAUUAUGGCAUUUGACUGGACUUCUUAAAUUAUUUUAAUAUAUACUUUAUACAUACAGUGAAACCACACAAGGUCAUAUCUUGGUUUUUAUUUUGUCAGUCGCUCUCAAACUUUAGUUUAAAAAUAAUUCCUGGGAGCAUUUUUAAAAAUUGGUC